AUGUGCAAUGUAUCUUCCCAGGUAUUCCGGAAGGACCUCAUCAGCGCUAUGAAAAUUCCAGAUACUCACCACAUUAAUCCUGAUAGCUAUUACCUCUUUACUGACACAUGGAAAGAAGAAUGGGAAAAGGGAGUCCAGGUCCCAGCCAGUCUGGACACUCUGCCAGAGCCUAGUAUCAGGAUUAUAUCUGAGAAGGUAAAUAGUGUUCCCUUUGUCCUACCUCGGAAAUACAUUCGUUGCUCCAGCCCAGACCCUGAAGAGCCUGGCUUUGUCAAUAUCAUGGAGUUGUCAGCAGCUACAUGUCGCUAUGAUCUGGAUGACAUGGAUAUCAUUUGGCUUCAAGAACUCAAUCAUGACCUUACAGAAAUGGGUCAAGAGUCAGUUAAUGAGACACUUAUGGAAAAGGUCAUAGAAGCCCUGGAACAUCUUUGCCAUGAACGCAUGAGCCAUGCUAUUAAGACAGUAGAAGGAUUAGGCAUAGAGUAUGAUGAAGAUGUGAUCUGUGAUGUGUGCCGCUCUCCAGACAGUGAAGAAGGGAAUGAUAUGGUAUUCUGUGAUAAGUGUAACAUCUGUGUGCAUCAGGCCUGCUAUGGUAUCCUCAAGAUCCCACCAGGCAACUGGCUGUGUCGUUCCUGUGUUCUGGGUAUUCGUCCAAAGUGUCUAUUGUGUCCAAAGAAAGGUGGAGCCUUGAAAUCUACCAGGAGUGGGAGUAAAUGGGCUCAUGUCAGUUGUGCUCUAUGGAUUCCAGAGGUCAGCAUUGCUUGUCCUGAAAGGAUGGAACCGAUCAUAAAGAUAUCCCACAUACCACCUAGCCGAUGGGCCUUAGUUUGCACCCUGUGCAAGUUGAAGACAGGAGCUUGUAUUCAGUGCUCUGUAAGAAGCUGCACCACAGCUUUUCAUGUCACCUGUGCCUUUGAGCACAACCUAGAUAUGAAGACCGUCCUAGAUGAUAGCGACGAAGUAAAGUUCAAGUCAUUCUGUCUCAAGCACAGCCAAAACAGGCAGUCACUUGGGGAGGUUGAGCCCCACAACCACAGAGCUGCCGAACCAAGCCAGACCAAGAAUGAGAAAAAUAACGUGAGGGCACAGAAGCUUCGUGAACUAGAAGAAGAGUUCUAUUCCUUUGUGAAAGCAGAAGAUGUGGCUGCAGAACUAGAGCUACCCAUGGAAACUGUGGACUUUAUCUAUAACUAUUGGAAACUCAAGCGCAAAAGCAACUUCAACAAACCAUUAUUUCCUCCCAAGUUGGAAGAAGAAAACAUCCUGGUACAGCCAAAAGAAGAAAAUAUUCACACUCGCAUGAGAAUGUUUAUGCACCUGCGACAGGACUUGGAGAGGGUCCGAAAUCUGUGCUACAUGAUAAGCAGAAGAGAGAAGCUGAAACUCUCUCAGAACAAGUUACAGGAGCAGAUCUUCAACUUGCAAGCCCAGAUUAUGCACGACGAAAUUGCUACAGGAUCUUCUUUGACAAAUGCACUGGAGAAUGCACUAUUUUCCUCACCAUCAAAAGUUGCCUUAAAGUCGGGGGCCAGACCAAUACCAGAAGAUUGCAGAAAUGGCACCAUAGAGACUGAUCAUCGACCCUGCUCCCCUAGCAGUGGCUUGCUUACUCUCAGUAAAAGAAGCCUACAGGUGCCUGAAGAGCCACUGGACCUGCAAGUGAAAUCAUAUUCAAUGCCUCCACUAGAAAGCAAGAAAAACUGUUUGCUCGACAGCCUCAACCACUCUCAGAAUGAAGCCAACAGUCCCAGUCCUACUCAGAAAUCUCCAUCUUCUGAGCUUUCUCAUGGGUCGUCAGUGGAGGUGGAAAAGUCUCCAGUCUUUGAGGCUGUCCUCUAUGGACAGUCUCGUAGCAACAAUGGAAAUAGUGAGCCUAGCCCCAAGUCUGCCAAGUCAAAUGGCCUUGAGGACAAUCUGCCUGUGAAAGUCAUCCAGGAAGCUAGUGCUAGUGAGAUACUCGGUAACCAGGAGCCCAUGGUAGGCUCCCACUUAGCUGGUCAGAGUAGCUUUAGAAAAUCAACUGUGGAAAAAUUCAGAUCCUUUAAAGAAACAACCAAAAAAUGGAGAAGGAGCACUGAGGGCCCCCGAUGCUAUGUGAAACCAACUAAGAAUAUAAAUCCUAAAGAUCAGUUCCGGGGUAGGCAGCUUCUCAGGCGAUCCUCUGAGAAAGCUGCAUAUCCAGAGACCGAUGGUUAUUGCCCAGAUUUGGAACUGAGUGAUUCCGAGAGCAAAAGUGAUGGAAGUAAGGAAAAAGACCUUGUAAACAAAGAUAGCUCAGACAAGGAAAGCCCUCCUCAGGAUUCUGAACAGGAUUGCCAUAGGGAAAGCGAGGUACAUCCUCUUCCCCAUGGUUCAAUGCAGAGAUGAUUAAAAACUGCCAGUAGUCCAAUAUUUGCCCCAGUUACUGGGACAAAUCCAAACACCAAAUGAUUCUGGCAUAUAUUAGGAGGAAAUACAGUAAAAGGGAAUUUUUUCCACAGUAAAUUGAAUUGCAGUAUUUGAAAAGGUUUCAAGUCUUAAUUUUUACAAGUAUAUAGUAAGAUUAUGUCUGGAAGUUGGUUUGUCAGAGGUUGGUUUGGAAACAGCUAGGUCCAGAGUUAUUUGUUCAGUGAAUGCUCAGGGACUGCUUUCCAGUUACAUUAACAUACUGCUAAGUAUGUAUUAAGGGUCCUUACAUUGCUAAUGGUCUCUGUUUAUGUAUUAAGGGUCCUUACAUUGCUAAUGGUUUACAAGAGACCAUGAUUAUCAGACACUAAAACUACUUACUAUUUGAAACUACAAUAUAAUUCCCAGAGCUCCAGUCUCUGGAAAGUUUCUAAUACUGGUGUCUCAAGGGAGAGACUGGGAGAGAUUAUCUAUCAGAUACUGUCAAGCUCACUACCCUCUUCCUUUGCUUCUGGCUAGGUGGAGUUUCUUUGACAGAAUCAUAACU